AUGAAACAUUUCAUGGACGGAUUCGUCUGUGUCAACAUUGACCGGGAUGCACUUUGCCGCACACACCCCUUCCUCUCAUAUCAACGUGCCAAUUCACCGGCACACGUGGAGGAAAUCAUUCCAACACACCCUCUGACUGUUGCCUCAAACUGCAUCUCUGCACAGACUGGAUAUUUCACGCGGGCGUUGCGAGCGUAUAAACUGGGUAUCCGACUGCUCGAUGGCAGUGUAAGCGUUACUCCUGCUGCAGACAGUUCUUCACGCAAAGCCAAUUCAGACGCGCAGGACUUGUUUAUUACUCUUCUCCUCAAUGCCUCCCUAUGCCUUUUGCGGCUUCUUAACGAGCAGCAGAAGUCCUCCGGAUCCGGCUUGUCCCUAGCCAAAACCACUAAGCCAGUUCAAACCGAACAGUUGAUGCGGCCCUGCAUUGCGACCUGUCGGAAGGCUAUAUAUCUGGAUCAGAACAACGCUAAAGCCUGGUUUCGUCUGGCUCAGGCUUACGCUGCACUGCAUGACUAUGAAGAGGCUUGCAAGGCUGGUGAACGUAGCCUAGCCCUUCUGGAUGCCGCAUCCAAGACAAAAACCAAUGUUGCCACUAAUCCACUUUCCCGGACGCAAGUUUCUGGACUUCUGGACAGUUGGCGUUCUCUGGCAGCCAGUCAGCAGAAGAAAGAACGCCAGUCAGUGCGCAGGGCCUUUUUGCGACGCCUGGAGGCAAUUCAGAGGGGCGAGGUCAGUUGGAACUCUGUUACUUUCUACUUACAUUGUAUAAACCGACAGCCACCAUCCCCAGAGACCCGCCCUUUUACUAUGUUUGUGUGGUUUAUAUCAAACUUACAGGAAUAUCCUAAUUUACCAAUAUGA